ACAAGAGAGGUGCUUUGAACCUGACAUCGCUUGGGCAUUUCACACCAUGGGAUGACUGCUGGGCCGCUGAUUGAUGAUCUUUGGGAUGACUGGAAACCAGUUGAGCAAACGGCCUUGGAUUUCCUGCUAGGCCAGAAUGCAGAAGACGAAGACGAAGAACCCGAGGAGGAUGACGAAGAUGAAUGGAACCCUGUGUGUCAGGGUGCCGCAGAUGAAACUUGUGAAGGCGGUGAAGGUGGUGGAGAAAGUGCGGACGGUGAGGACUCAGACAGCGAUUGGGCACCUGAGAUUCAGGGUGCGGCCAAUGUUGAGAAAAGUGAGGAGGAGGCUUUGAAAGUACUCUUGCAACCCAAUUUUGUCAAGGAAACUCCUCCAGAGUCCCUGCAGACGAAAAAGGAAGCGGAUGCAGCUGGCCGAAUGCUCCACGAGAUGCGAAGGCCACCGACUUGGGAGGAGGUGAAAGCGGAAAUUCCUCGUGGACCUGAUGUUGACCCAGAUCUCAUCGAAGCUCCUUCUUAUCGGGACAUGUCUCAGGAAGAGGCUCUUGAUCUUGUGCGUCGAGGUGCCUCUGUGAACUUCCAGGGACAACAUGGUCGAACGCCUCUUCACAAAGCAGCAGAGAAGGCGUUUCCGGUCCUGAUCAAGGCUCUUUGCGAAGCGCGAGCCGACCCUGACAGCAGAGAUCACUUUGGUGAGACACCCUUGCAUGUCUUGGCCAAGUCUGGCCACGACGAAGCCAUCUCCAAGUCUCGGCGAUGUGAAGCGAUUCAGAUGCUGCUAUGCCAUGGUGCAGACGUACAUGCAGUGAACCCUCGAGGCCGUGGUGUUCUUCACUUAGCUGUCACGGAGCAUGACUUGCCAGCAAUCGAAACCCUGAUUGAAGGCAUGGCAGAUGUGAAUGGGCAAGACCUGGCUGGAUUCACACCGUUGAUGUGGGCAGCCGGGCGGGACAGUGCCGACGGUGUGAAGAUGCUGUUAGAUUGCGAGGCUGACUUGCUGGUGAAAGCAGCCCGCGGUCAAACUGCUAUGACCUUUGCUUUGACAAACGGGUGCAAUGCAAUCGUAGACAUUCUGGACAAACAUCAAGCCAUUCUGGAUGCUGAAGAGGCCAGACGAAUCAAGGAGAAGGGUGAGCAGCGAGAUGAGGAUCUGGAGGAGAACUGGACAGAGACCUUGCAGCUGCCCAAGCCUGAAUGGGCUUGCAAGCAUGAGAAGCCAGCCAACCUGGAGCCAUAUGCCGGAAGGAGGAUCUAUGCAGAAGCCAAGCCAGACAGGCACUCCAAUGUCUAUGUCGGCAAGUUUGGGCCAUGAGAGAGCUCGGCAAAGAAACGGACACCGGGACGAUCGAAGAAAUGGACGAAAGCGGACGUCCAUGAGCCCAUUGACCUUCUUCUCGAGAGUUG